CGACGCUUGUUGCACAUGCUCUAGACUGUUUAUUUGUUCAUUUUUACGAAGUGCUUAGUGGAACAGCGGAAAAAAAAAUAAAUUUUAAUUUCCAAUGAUAUUUUUAUAACUAAAAAAGAAAAAAAAAAUUCAAAUUCUUGUGAUUGCCUUCAAGCAUAGUGAUAAGUUCCAAUUAAAAAUGACUGAUUCACUGCCAAAAGCAUCUGGAUGGAAGCCUUGGAAUCGGGAUCGAUGGGAAGAAGAAUUCGAAAUACAUCCUGCCUUCAGGACACAACCUAUAAAAGAAGGCGAAGAGCUGCCGCCAUUGAUUGAGGCUUUACAAAACCUAAAAUAUGAUCCUGAGGAAAAUACUGCUGAAGAAUUAGCUGAAGCGUACAAAUGUGAUGGGAAUGAAAAUUUCAGGCUAAAAAAGUAUCGCUGGGCUGUUGACAAUUACACAAAAGCAUUGGAAAUAAAGUGCAAAAACGACAUUUUAAAUGCACAGCUAUACGCUAACAGAGCUACUGCUCAGUAUUAUAUAGGUAAUUACAAGAAAGCUUUGAAAGACGCUGAAGAAUCAAAGAAAUUAAAGCCGGAUCACUUAAAGGCAUUGCAACGAGGUGCCAUGUGUUGUUUUCAGAUGCAGGAAUGGGCUGAUUGCCUUGUUUGGUGUCAUGAAGGAUUGAAUGUGGCUCCUGGUGAUAAGACUCUUCUUGAUUUAAAGAUUAAAGCUGAAGAGGAAAAAAAAGUUGCUCAGCGAAACAAAAGAAAGGCACUUGUAGUAGAAGCUAAGAAGAAGAAAAAACUAGAAGAAUUGAAAAAUGCUUUAAAGGAGAGAGGUAUCCGCCUAGCUGAUGAAGAUAUUGCACAAUGCAAAAGACCUGUUCAUCCAGCACUGUCAGAUGCGAUGGUUUGUUUGAAUGAGGGGAAAUUAGUGUGGCCAGUUAUUUUCCUCUAUCCAGAGUAUGGAACAACUGACUACAUCAAAGAUUUCUGUGAAGAUUCCAGUUUUAUGGACCAUUUAAAUAUUAUGUUUGAUCCUAAGAAUCAUCCAGACUGGGAUGCAAAUCAUGAAUAUAUUGCUGAAAAUCUUCAGAUGUACUUCACACAUGGAAAGAUUCUUGUGCCUUUUGACAAGACUAAAACUCUCCGAGAAAUUUUAUCUCAGUACAGGUACACAGUGCAUGGUCUUACUCCCUGUUUCACUAUCACCGUCCGUGGUUCUGACUUUGACCAGUCGUUUAGAGACAAACAUACUGUUCGUACAGAUUUUCUUAGGAUUCAAAAAUAGAUUAAGAUUUGUUUGUGAUUUUCUUAUACAGAUUUCAUGUUCUAUCAUACAAAGCAGCCAAAUAAAUAUUUCUUGAAAUUUA